UCCGGUGUCAUGGCGGCUUGAGGUCCCGGCAGUCGGUGAGGCGGCUGCAGGCCCCUCCCUGCGGAGCCGCUGGUCCGGCGGGCGGGGAUGUGACCGCGGGCCCUGCCGGCCUGCCCCGGGCGUCGCGUCAGCUCCGUGUCAGUGCCCUCAGUCCACACCGAUGGCGGGAUCCGGCUGCGCGUGGGGUGCGGAGCCGCCGCGGUUUCUGGAAGCCUUCGGGCGGCUGUGGCAGGUACAGAGCCGCCUGGGUAGCGGCUCCUCGGCCUCGGUGUACCGGGUGCGCUGCUGCGGCACCCCCGGCUCGCCCCCCGGCGCCCUCAAGCAGUUCUUACCGCCGGGAACCACCGGGGCAGCGGCCUCGGCCGCGGAGUACGGUUUCCGCAAAGAGAGGGCGGCGCUGGAGCAGUUGCAGGGUCACAGGAACAUCGUGACUUUAUAUGGAGUCUUUACAAUCCACUUCUCUCCAAAUGUGCCAUCACGCUGUCUGUUGCUUGAACUCCUGGAUGUCAGUGUUUCGGAAUUGCUUUUAUAUUCCAGUCACCAGGGUUGUUCCAUGUGGAUGAUACAGCAUUGUGCCAGAGAUGUUCUAGAGGCCCUUGCUUUUCUUCAUCAUGAGGGUUAUGUCCAUGCAGACCUCAAACCACGUAAUAUAUUGUGGAGUGCCGAGAAUGAAUGUUUUAAGCUCAUUGACUUUGGACUUAGCUUCAAAGAAGGCAAUCAGGAUGUAAAGUAUAUUCAGACAGACGGGUAUCGGGCUCCGGAAGCAGAACUGCAGAAUUGCUUGGCCCAGGCUGGCCUGCAGAGUGAUACAGAAUGUACCUCAGCUGUGGAUCUGUGGAGCCUAGGAAUCAUUUUACUGGAAAUGUUCUCAGGAAUGAAACUGAAACAUACAGUCAGAUCUCAGGAAUGGAAGGCAAACAGUUCUGCUAUUAUUGAUCACAUAUUUGCCAGUAAAGCAGUGGUGAAUGCCGCAAUUCCAGCCUAUCACCUAAGAGACCUUAUCAAAAGCAUGCUUCACGAUGAUCCCAGCAGGAGGAUCCCCGCUGAAAUGGCGCUGUGCAGCCCGUUCUUUAGCAUUCCGUUUGCCCCUCAUAUUGAAGAUUUGGUGAUGCUUCCUACGCCAGUGCUAAGACUGCUGAAUGUGCUGGACGAUGAUUAUCUUGAGAACGAAGAGGAAUACGAAGAUGUUGUAGAAGAUGUGAAAGAGGAGUGUCAAAAAUAUGGACCAGUGGUAUCUCUGCUUGUUCCAAAAGAAAAUCCUGGCAGAGGACAAGUCUUUGUUGAAUAUGCAAAUGCUGGUGAUUCCAAAGCUGCUCAGAAAUUACUGACUGGAAGGAUGUUUGAUGGGAAGUUUGUUGUGGCUACAUUCUACCCGCUGAGUGCCUAUAAGAGGGGAUAUCUGUAUCAAACUUUGCUUUAAUCAGUAACCUAAGGACUAUUUCCUAUUUUUCCUCUUCCAUUUCCUGGGUUAUUGUAUUCUACAUCCGAAUGCAGAAGUACCCCCUUAUCAUUUUAAGGGAAUACUUUAUACAUUUAUUUACUCCUACUAAUGUGCAGCCAUUACUCAAGCGGUGACUGCACUGCAAACAUUUGGCACUGAGUAGGACAAGGCCUCUCAGCUAUACAUUGAGGGGUUUUAGAGCAUCCAUGUGGGCAACCUUUUUUUGUGCAGUAGGGCAAGAGCUGCUCUUCAGUAUGUAACCUAAAAAGAUGUGGACUAGUUCAUGUGUUCAUGAAGCAAAGAUGAAUAAUAUCAUGUUGUGGUGAAUAUUAUUAACAAAUCUGUUAGAGUUGGUGACAUCACUUACAGAUUAUUCCUUUAUGUUGUCAGAUGGUUCUUCCUUAUUGCUGAUACCCAUAGCUGGCACUAACGAUAAGUAAUUGUCAAGCAGCAAUUCCCUACUGUGUUCUUAACACUGAGUUAUGACUUCUUUUAAAGGAGUACUGUAGUACUGAAUAUUCCUUUAAAGAAACUGCAGUGAGCCUAUCUACAUUUUUUUUAAUUAAGGCUUUUAAAGUAGAAAACUGAUGCUUGAUCUUGCACAAUUUUUUUGUCUAGUAUGUAUGCUCGAGUGAGUGUGCAAGUGUGGAAGAUUAGAGAAGAUCUGAGUCUGUUCUUUAUAGCGUGAGUCUUGUGACUUAAUACAGUCUAUGCCCAUCUCUUCCCUACCUGUUUAGUAUCUGUAAGAUUAGGAUGUAAGAUUUUGGGAGUUGUUCUGUUUGAUAUAAUGAAAUGAGAAAAUAGUUCAUUCCUGAGAGGCCUAGAAUAAAUGAGUUUAGACUGGGUUACACUGAAACUCUCUUGAAAAGUUUUGCUACAUAAAUUGUCCUGUCCUUCAGUCUGCUUUAGACCCUGUAUUAGCUCAUCUGUUUUGUACUGAAUCUUCUGCGAUUAUUGUAGGAUUUCUCAAGAUAGAGUUCUGCCAGCUAUGAUGGAAAAUUGAAGUGGGUCAAAAAGAAAGAAUUAGAUGUUCAGUGAAGGGAAAAGAAAAAAAAAAUGGACAAAGACAUGGUGAAUGAUCAAAGAUUCUUAUCUCUUCCUUUCUCUCUCUUAUCUCCUGCCCGCUCCUUCUUUUCCCUUCUUCUUUACCACUGUCCUUAGCAGGAGAGAAGUUAGAGGAAAGCAUCCCAGGUGGUCUGGCUUUUGACUGCAAGGAAGUUAAGAAAGGUGUAGCUAUAUAAUAGCAUGGAAGUAGGAAGGAAGAAAGCUCAUAAAGAACUCUUAAAAGGAUUCACAGUGAUUUAACGUGGCCCCCAGUAGAGGAUACUAGUAUGCGUGAGUUCACAGAUACGGGUUGGUUACGUGGUUUUAGGAAUUAUAAUUAUGGAUUCUUCCCACUCGAUAGUAGAUUGUCUUCAAAGGUUCAAAACUUAGGAACCGUUUAUAAAGCACUGACUAUUCAAAAAAAAGUUGUAUACAGUUGAAUUUUUUGUUUUCUUACCUAAAUGAAAAUUUUAUUUAUUUAUUUUUUUCCUAAGGAAAAUGUCUUUUGUAUCUCUCCCUACUGGAAGCUUCCUCAUAUAGUCUUUCCUUGUAUGUGCCAUGCAGGUGAUUUAGAGCCCAAUUAAGAAUGUAUAUUUUAGAGCAUGAAUUAUGUUACCCUAUUCAAACAAUUACUAUUUGACAUUUUGGUUAUUUGCAGUUAUCUAAUUAUUCAGGACUCUCCUUAAUAUUUAUUAUGAAGCCAAAUUUUGUAUAAGGAGGUGGAUAAAUGAGUUGCCAAAAGGCCUUGUGGCAUGGUGCCCAAGGGAGAAUUGUAUAGUCACCUUCUAAAUAUGUGCCCCUAGAAGGAGGAACUAUUAUUUUUCAUUUUGGCCCUUUCAGAGGUUGAUUAGCUGGUUUGUUUUCAAAUAGAAAUUCAAGAGAGUAUCACCAGUAUUGUGGAGACCUCAGCUUUCCUAAAACAUAAAUGUUUGUACGGGUAGCAGCUUCCAUGGUGAUUAAAAACACCAGGUCCUUCCAUAUGUACUGAUGAACACAGAAUGCAAAUGAUUUCCUCUUAAGGGCAAGUAUUCUGGGUUAGCACAUGUACUUUUCUCUUCCCCUUUCCCCCCACCACCACCAAAAAGAAAAAAAUCCUUACAAAUAAACUGCAGGUAGGCUUCUAAGCUUAAUGAUGCAGUAUGCUGCUAACAUCUUGAUGCUGAAUUUCACAGCAUUCUUUGUCUUCUAAUUGCUGAUGUAUUCAUGCAUAUGUAGUGUUUGACACUGUAGAAUUUUAUUACAGAAGAUGCUAACUAGAUUUUAAGGGAGCUGAGGGAAUAAUUGAUGAACCUAAGUAACCAUGCAUUGAAUUAAAUAUUUUAUAGUAAAGCCACAGAACUGAAAAGAGAUACCCCCCAGUGAUUUAAAUGGUUAUUUUAUAGCUCUUAGCCCCUUACUACCAAAGAUGACAUUUGCAGAUUCUCCCUCCCUCUGAUAUUAUAAGAAAUUUAAUCCUGAUAACUUUUUUAAAUCUGAACCAAAUAUUAUUAAAAGAUGCAAUUUUCAUGAUUCUUUUAGGAUGAAAUAUAUACACAGAUUUUGAUUCCUUGAAGUUAUUAAAACCCUAGAAAUUUUCAUUUUGAGAGGUAGGGUAGAGAGGUGAGGGUUCAUGUCACUUAACCCCUACCAUUUUGGGAAAAUUUUAUCUCAGGUAGUUUUUCUUUCCCUAAAUUUAUAUCUGUGCUUCCUUCUCUCUUGCUUUUCAGUUUCUUUUUUUAUUGUUCCAUGGUAUUGUCAUGGUACAUUUUUUGUCCCAGAAAAGGCAUAUAAAUUGAUUAUUCUAUAGGAAGUCUUUGGUUCUUUGGAAACAUUUGAAGAAGGUGGCUAGUUGGCCACUUUCAAAACUUUAAUGCUGUAUAUAGAGAAGACUAGGUGGAGCUGCCCACCUCAGUAAAAGAUAGCAGUAGCUAAGAGAAAUUAUUUGCUGCAUUUUAAAGGAAUAAUAACAAAAUUAGCCUCUUGCAAUAAGGGAUUGCAUUUAUUAUGACUGGAUGUCUUCCUUGUUUUGUGACCAUCAGUGUAGCAACUCUUCAGAGAAAAAUUCCCUCUCUGCUAUGCCUUGAGCCAAAACUAUGGCUGCUUUUAGAACAAAACCAUAAAUAUCAUUUUAUUCAUUCUUCUCCCUGUUUUCACUGAGACAAAUACCGCCUUCUUUUUGGUACUCCAGCUGCUAAAGAGUGCUGAGCUACGUUAAAUUAACCUUAAAAAAAAACCAAAAAAAACUCUGAAUCCUUACUUGACUUGCCUUCUAGAUUGCUGUUACUCAUACUUAGAUUUUAACCUUUGAGCUAAUUUAUUAUAAGGAAUGCUGCCAGAAACAGUGCUGCCAUGUAGGGGAAGCUGGAGAGAAACUGGGCAUAGGUUUGUCUCUAUCUUAGUGCACUGAGCUUUCACCCUGGUUACAGCUUCAGUUACCUUUCUGGAAUAAAUUAUAGUCAGAGUUACAGCACUCAGAUGCUGUUUCAUGGCUCGUUUGAGUUUAUUCCUCAAAUACAGGUAACUAGUAUUUUGGCAUCAUUUUCUUCUUAGGUCUUAUAUUCUGACCUUAUUAAAUUAGGCCUGGCUUACACGAUUUCUACUAUUAGUUAUACGUAGCACCAUGACAUUUUAUUUUCUGUAAUUUAAUGAAAAUCAGCACCAUAGUAACUGAUGGUAAUUAUAACAUAGUUACUCAGUGAGGGAAAGAGGGUGACGCUCAGUAACCACGUAUUUUACCUGGACUUUUAUGCAAGGGUACGUGCUAGGCGGCUUUAUUCAGAUUAGGGUACAGAUGGAACGCAUUAUGACUUUUAGUCUGGUGGAUGUAGACAGUCAAAGACUUAAGCAAGUGCCUUGUGUUUCCUGGAAAAUAUUAAAACUCAUUUGGGUGAAAACUUCCCAGAUGGUGGUAAUUUAUUGCACCUUUGCCUUUUCUUUGGAAUAACUGAUUGAGUUACGUAGUAGAAAACUCCAAAAUCCUUUGGUGUACCUUUUCUUUUUUUGUACGUGUAAAACUAUAUAUAUUUGAUUUUUCCCCAGUAUUACAUAUAACGAAAAGCCAGGGUUAUCUGGCAGAAUCUAAUUCUUCCUUGGAUCUGGUUCCAUUUUUAAUAUUAGGUUCCUUCUUCAACUCUUACCACUCUCGCUCACUUGAUAUAAAUUAUUUAUUUCUUACCAAGUGUGGUCACAAUACAGACCAGUCUUUUGUCGCAAUUAGCUCAAAAAGAAUUUCCAUUUCUUAAGGUGCUCAGUAAAUCACCUUUACUUUGAGAUAGUAGCCUUUUCAAAGUAGUGUUACUUUCUAGCUUUCUCAGUGAAUAUGAGAAUGUUGAAUCUGUAUGAUACAGAAGUCAUCUGAGCCUCUUGUGGUAUAUUUGGAUAAAUUACGUUUUCUUAGUUAUAAAGGAACAUGGAUGUCUUCGUUUUUGAAGUACCCAAAGUUUUAAAGAUUUUGUUUUGUAUUAGGUUAGCUGCUUCUCUGCCUGACACCAUAGGAUAUAUCAUGUUUGUUAUCUUAACCACUUCCCCCUUCCAGUGCUUUUCAUGGCUUUUUAAAUUGUAUAACAAUCAGUAGAUUCACACAGUGAUGUGUAAUUGACAAGUACUAUGGAUAUUUAAGAAGAAGGUAAACAAUUUACAUUAUUUUUGCUGUAAUUUUAUAGGAGAAAUGGACUGUAAAAGAAAUAUCUAUAAACCAGAGAGCAUUUAGGAAAUUGUAUAUUUUAUAGGUGGUCAUGAAGGUGGUCUUCAGGAUAUAAGAUAUAUUGUUUGCACAGCCUUUGUUCUUGUGAUAUGAAGUGUUUAUUCAUUUUCCUACAGCUCAGCACUUUUUUGUUCCUUAUACUGCUUAUGAGGAUUAAUGUUUUAAAUUUGCUUUAUUUGUGCUUUUCAGAGAGUUAUCAUAAUCAUGGCAGUUAUGUUUAUGGCACCAUAAAUGCUGGAAUUCAUGGGAAAUUUAUCAAAUGAUUGCCUGAGUGUUAUUUGCCAUUAAAUAGAGAAGCUGUUACAAUAUCCUAAAGAAAACCAAUGGCUUAUUUUGAAAGCCAUGUAUGUUUUACGACCUAGGUUGGUGGUAUUUUAAUUUAAAGGCAAAGAGUGUCAUUCUGUCUUACUUUGCCUUAUCUGACCAUGAAUACUUCUUGUGCAGAAAAGAGCUUCUUUUGUUAUACUGUGUUGUAUAAUGAAAAUGUCAUACUCUGAGGAAAAAAAAAAAACCUCAACCUCAAAACUGGAAUUGUUAAAUUUUUUGUUCCUUUUUGGGAAAUCCUUAUGUAAACAUCAUUGCUACUUGUUAUUAUCAUAAACUCUUAAUUGUCAGCAAGAGAAUUAUUCAUAGUCACUUUUUUAUUUCAGGUUGGAAUUGCCUUCUCCUUCUAAGCUAUUCCCUUAAUAAUAUUCAUGAUGUCAGGACAGUGAAUGCUUAAAAGCAAAUGUAGUGAGGUGUUCUAAAUCAUGCAUCCAAAAUUAUGCAUCUACAGACUCAAAAUCUUUUCAGUUAUUUGAAUUAUCUAUAGCUUUAUUAUUUUAUUAGCAUGUGUUGUCAGAAGUCUGCCAAAUUUAAGAGGAAAGAAGAGAAAGAUAAAUAAUAAAACUAGAGGGAUGAAAAGGAGAAAAUCACUUCUUUAUUGGUAUUAGUAAUCAUCCAUAUAGUUUAUAAUCUAAAAAUACUUAUUUUUAAAAAUCCAGGUUUCGUACCUGUAACAUAGAAACAUUGCCUUUUCUACACAUUCCUCAUUAUUGUUUCCCCAGAAAAUUAUUUUAAAAGUAUAUGAAACCAGAUUAAAUAUCCACAUUCAGUUUGGUCUAAUUUUUAAAAAUAAAUAUUUGAUUUGGAGCUUUUGUGUAUUUAGUAUAUAUCAACACUCGUGCAAAUCAAGGAUCAGCAAGAAACUGGGGAUUAGCCAUCUCCGUAUUUCCCUUUGCACACUGAGUACCGUGGGUGAUGUUAGUACGCACUAGCUGCAACCUUAUAGCACCUUACAAAAGUAAGUCAUGUUUAUUAUAAUAAAAAAAAAGUUAAGCUGCACCUCUGUAGAAUAUUUACUUUGCAGAGUGUAAAGCUGUCAUAUCUUUUCCAGCAGGAUUUAACUCCUCAUUCUUAAUUUUUUGGGAAAAAAAUCUUAAGUAAUUUAACAUUCCUGUAUAUCCUCUCAACAGAGUCACAUCUGGGGUAGAAAGGAUGCCCCGCCCACACACACAAAGGGCUCCAUCUUUGUUAUCUUUUGGUCACUCUUGGAAAUCCAGUUAUGAUCAAUAGAUUUUAACAGCUUAUGGCUUCCUAUAGCAGCACUGGAGUGGUUGGUUGUGAUUAUUGAAAACCUACUACUGGUUUCCCUCAAUAACAUGUAAUUGCUAUGCUUUUGAUUAGAAGAUGUGGUUAGAAAAAAUGUGAACGAUCACUUAAACCAAAGCCAGUUAUCAGGAGUCUUCUCUCCUGUUGGUUUACCUUCACCUCAGAACUACAAGAACAUUACAGUACAUACUGAGUAGUUGUCUAGCGUUUCUACCAGCUGUUUCAAUAGCAUAUUGGUCUUGGCAUUUCUUGGCACUGUGGUUCUCUGUUCUUGGUGAUGUCUUAUUGUUUGUGAGGUUUUUUUAAUAACUAAGUGGGACUAUAAAUGUAGGUGUGUAUCAGUAUCAGUACCAAGGAGGUCUUUUCUCAAAUCCCUGUAUUUCUGAUUUCUAUUCAAGUCUUUUAAACCUGUUUUUUCUUGCCUAGUAGCAAAGAAUUUUUAUUUUCCACUUUCCUAUAUACCUAAAACCAUGGACACUGCGAUUCAGUUAACUGUAUUGCAUAUAGUUUUUUGCUGAAAACUUUAUCUGUAAACACAAUUGCCUUGUUCAGUUUUGUUGUAAACUGACUUACCGUAAGAUGCACUGUUGAUAUGCUUUCUGAUGUGUGUUUGUUUGAUAAGAGUGAUAAAAUAAAGCUUAAAAAUAAA